CGCACGCCUUCUGCGAAAAACGUAUUGGAUGUCCAAAGGAAUUCAGUCGCCCCCCCCUGGAAGUACAUAUUUGACAGGCCACAAUCAGGAAGAGCUCGCACUCCAGCUUAGCGUUCAGUUAGGUACAGACGCUUCAGUCUCUUUCCCCUCCGAUUUCUCUGGACUUUUUGGUGAGGCCAAACAACAAUAAUCAGCCAUGGACGCCAUCAAGAAGAAGAUGCAGAUGCUCAAGCUGGACAAGGAGAAUGCCUUGGACAGAGCGGAGCAGGCUGAGGGAGACAAGAAGGCAGCGGAGGACAGAAGCAAACAGCUUGAGGACGAUUUGGUAGCUCUGCAGAAGAAGCUCAAGGGAACUGAGGAUGAGCUUGACAAGUACUCCGAGGCUCUUAAAGACGCACAGGAGAAACUUGAGUUGGCUGAGAAGAAAGCCGCCGACGCUGAGAGCGAUGUCGCUUCCCUUAACAGACGCAUCCAGCUGGUUGAGGAGGAGUUGGAUCGUGCCCAGGAGCGUCUGGCCACUGCCCUGACCAAGCUGGAGGAGGCUGAGAAGGCAGCUGAUGAGAGCGAGAGAGGCAUGAAGGUUAUUGAGAACAGAGCCAUGAAGGACGAGGAGAAGAUGGAGCUGCAGGAGAUCCAGCUGAAGGAAGCCAAACACAUCGCUGAGGAGGCUGACCGCAAAUACGAGGAGGUUGCCCGUAAGCUGGUCAUCAUUGAGAGUGACCUGGAGCGCACAGAGGAGCGCGCUGAGCUCUCAGAAGGCAAAUGCUCUGAGCUUGAAGAAGAGUUGAAAACUGUGACCAACAACCUGAAGUCACUGGAGGCCCAGGCCGAGAAGUACUCCCAGAAGGAGGACAAGUACGAGGAGGAGAUCAAGGUCCUCACCGACAAGCUGAAGGAGGCUGAGACUCGUGCUGAGUUCGCUGAGAGAUCAGUAGCCAAGCUUGAGAAGACCAUUGAUGACCUGGAAGACGAGCUGUACGCCCAGAAACUGAAGUACAAGGCCAUCAGCGAGGAGCUGGACCACGCCCUCAACGACAUGACCUCCAUAUAAAUUGUUUACACCUCAUCAUCAAAGACGCCACCUGCCGGCUGAGCGGACUCUGUCCCCUCUCUCCAGCCUUUUCUCCAUUUCCCCUCCCUUCCACUUCCUCUCUUGUCUCUGCUUUCUUCUUCUCUCUUCCCUCCUUUCCAAAUGUGUUCCCCCUCAUGUCAACGGUAGCUUUAUCCCAUCUCUUGUACAGAAUCCUAGACACUUUCUGCGUUGUAUAAAAAAAAAAUAAACAUCCUCCCUUCUA